UGCUGUGGGAGAUCCCGGGGCAGUCCUUCCGGACAUAAGCGCAUGUCUUCGCUCCGGAGAUGGGUGGCUGUCGGGUUUUGGGUCAGGCCUCGGGUGGCUGGCGGCGGGGUCUGGGGAUUCGUGCAACGUCCACAGCCGCAGGCUUUGGCACCAAGGCCCGGCAUCAGCUGCAACGUCGAGGCGCCAGCAAACCGUCGGAUCCCCGGGGUGACCAGCCUUUCCCAGGACUGCUGAGACCGGGGACCUUCAGUCUGGAAGAACUGGUCGAUGUAUUGAGGGCGGCUGUGGUGGACCGUAAAGGACCUCUGGUGACAUUGAACAAGCCACAGGGUCUGCCAGUGACAGGAAAACCAGGAGAGCUGACGCUGUUGUCAGUGCUGCCAGAACUGAGCCGGUCCCUGGGGCUCGGGGAGCAGGAGCUCCAGGUUGUCCGAGCAUCUGGGAAGGAGGCCUCCGGCCUUGUGCUCCUCUCCAGUUGUCCCCAGACAGCAAGCCGCCUCCAGAAGUUCUUCACUCACUCACAGAGAGCCAGGAGACCCACAGCCACGUACUGUGCUGUCACUGAUGGGAUCCCAGUUACUUCUGAAGGGAAGAUACAAGCAGCUCUGAAACUGGAACACAUUGAUGGGGUUAAUCUCGUUGUUCCAGUGCAGUCCCCAUCCCGAAAGGACAUCAUGGAAGGUGUCAAGAGGACCCUUAGCCACUUCCGUGUGGUUGCCACAGGUUCUGGCUGUGCCCUGGUCCAGCUGCAGCCACUGACAGUGUUUCCCAGCCAGCUACAGGCACACAUGGCCCUGCAGCUCUGCCCUGUGCUUGGGGAUCACACGUACUCUGCCCGCGUGGGCACUGUCCUCGGCCAGCGCUUUCUUCUGCCAGUGGAGAGCACCAAGCCCCAAAGACAGGUCCUGGAUGAAGCCCUCCUCGGCCGCCUCUGCCUGACCCCCUCCCAGGCUGCCCGGUUGCCCCUGCACCUCCAUUUGCACUGUCUUCGCCUCCCAGGCGCCAGGCCCAGGGACCCACCCAUUGAGCUUCUGGCUCCUCUGCCCUCUUACUUCUCCAGGACCCUGCAGUGCCUGGGGCUCCACUACCAAUAGUCCUGCUGGAAAGUGGUUGGGGUGGGAGGCGAAUGGGCUGCAGUCAGGCCCCAGAAGAGUGUGGUCAGUGCUCAGCAUGCAGUCAGGCCACCAUGUAAGAUGCUGGGCGCUCUAGUGGGAUAGACCUGAGAUCACAUCGUAAGGCCAUUUGCUGUGUGGUGUUGGCCAAAUGACCUCACCUCUCUGGGCUUGAAAUAAUAAAAGUACCUACCUCACAGAA